UUGUUUGGUCGCAGAAGUGAAAGUUUUUGUUGAUGUUUCGAAACGUUCGGGUUACUUAUAAAAGAAUUUUCUGUAUAAUUUUGGUGCCAAAUAUUGAUAUUUUUUCGAUUAAAUCAUAGACACUAGCAGUGCACAGCCGAGCAUUAUGAUGGAAAUCAUCUACAACAAUCAUACGUUGCGGCUAUCCGGAACCAAUCUCAGUGAGACGAGCUUGCACGAAUUCCUGCAGAAGGAAACCGGUCUUCAACCUUCCGAGUACUACCUGACGCACAAUGGCAAACGAGUGGAUCCACAGCACAUCCAUUUCUUGGCAUCGGCCCCACUCCACUUGGUGGAGCGCCUCCCCGGUGGCAAGGGUGGUUUCGGUUCCAUGCUGCGAGCCAUCGGGGCCCAGAUUGAGAAGACCACCAAUCGGGAGGCGUGUCGGGAUCUGAGUGGCCGCCGUCUGCGGGACAUCAACGAGGAGAAGCGCCUCAAAGCGUACCUGGACAAACAGAAGGAAGCCCCGGAGGACGAACGGGCCAAGCUGCAGAAGAAAAUCGACAAACUGCUGGCCAAACCGAAGCACGAAUUCCACGACGAUGCGUACAAUCGCAGCCGGACCGAUUUGACGCAGAAUGUGGGCGAAGCGGUGCAGGAGGGCUUCCGGAAGGCAGUCGAGGCGGAGAAGGCCGGGGAAUCCGGCGUGAAGCGAAAGGCGGUGGACGACGGCAAGAAGGGGAAAGCCGUCAAGAAGAAAGCCAAGGGAGCGUUGUGGCUGGGAAGCGACGAUUUGGGGUCUUCCUCGGACGAUAGUAGCGAUUCGGAUUCGGAGGCGGAUUCGGCAUGUUCUUCCGGGGGCGGUAAGUCAAGUGAAGAGGGAGGUUUAGUGUCGUCGUCGACGUCGUCUUCGUCAUCGAAGCAAAUGGUGACUUCGGAGGACGAAAAGAGCAAUCAGGAUGGGCAGAAAGCUGUAGCUGCGGAAUAGAUUUGGUUUGAUGGGAGCACAAAA